UCCUGGUCAGAUUGUGAAGACUAGAAGAGGAGACGCAGCAUCAACUUUCUUUGUGGAACAGGUUCUCUUUGACUCCAGCCAUGCUCUCCUUUUCCUCCCCCCCCCUCUUCCACCUGAGUGUCCUGCUCUUUCUGUCGUCCUGCUGUCCUCAAAUGGCCUCGAUGGGAAAGCUGGAGGUGACCAUGAUCCGAGGCUGGAACCUGAAAGGCGAUCUGACCGGCAGGACGGAGAGCUAUGCUAAGAUAAUGUAUGGAUCCUUCCACGCCAGGACUCACAUGAUCCGGUCAAACAACCCCCGGUGGAACUCUUAUUAUAACCUGGGCGAGGUGGACACACAUUUGGGUUUGCUGGUCGAGGUCUGGGACGAGGAUGUAAACUUUGACGACCGUCUGGGAUCAUGUGUGGUGUACCUGAGACAGGGGACAAACAGGUACUCCUGUCCGGCCAAUGAAGGCCGCUUCGAGUUCCAGUACACCCUCACCUGACCGGAGAAAGGUGCAACCGCUACAAACCCUCUCCAAAGUGAGGAAGGAAGUAUGGGGCUUCACUAUUCAGAAAUUCUGCUUGUUUACCUUUUAAAUUCAAACUGAAAUCACAUUUAGUCAUCUAUUUCUCAAGUCAAAAUGAAUGUCAUUGUGUCGAAAUUGAAAUGGAGACUAAAAGAAAAAAAGCUGGUAAUAAUAAUAUUUGUAUAAAAUAGAAGAAGUGCAUCAUUCUAAUAAAAAGAGCUGUGUCUUACUUUCCAGACUAGUAAUACUAAUAUCUGGUUUGGAUUAGGAAUCAACAUGUCUGACUUUUCAACAAAGAAAUGCUGAAUUGUUUUCAAAAUAUUUCAUAUUAAAUGAAAGGUGGACUGAAACGAAUGAAAA